AUGUCCCGCAAAUCAGCCCUGCAGACGCUCACUGCGUCGGGCUUGUUCAAUACGACUCCUCAUCAUAGUUCAUCCACCACUGUCAGCGAUAAGUCAACUCCAAGAAAUCCAUAUAUCCUUCAAGAGGAAAUCAUUCCUGGGAAAACUCCGUAUACUAGAAGACAUCACGGAAAAUCAUCUGGGUUGGUGUCAGGAUCGAAGGGAGGAAGUGGUAAAGAUGGAAGAAGUGGUGGGAAAAAUGGAAACGGAGGAAACCAAGGGCAGUCUGACAAUGGCUCGGAAAGUUCAAGUAGUCAGGAUGAUGAAGAGGAAGAUGAUGAGGAAGCGGACGAGGAGGAUGAAGAAGAGCCAGCUGUCAGUGGCCCCGUCCGUGUAAAUGAUGACAAUGAGCCUGCAAUCGUCGAUAAGUCGUCCUUGGGCCAUCCGGCCAGAGCAACGAUUUCGACAGCUAAGGAAUCAUUGAAGGGAGAAGAUCACCGGACGGGGUCGAAUUUAAAGAAGAGGACUUUCAGUAUGACGGAAAAGGAUGUAAGAAGAUACAGCACCAACCUCGACGCUGACCUCGAUGCCGAAAACGAAAGUGGAAAUGAGUCGGAUUAUCCACGUAAAAGGAUUGCAACGGAGUUAUCAAACACGAACGCAAACGGCUGCGAUACUCCAGUGGACCUAUCUACUCCUAAUACUGUGUUCCGCGAAUACGGCGAUGAGGACCCUACCGAUCCAAAUUUGAUCACAGCUGAGGAAUUGGAAGACUUAGAUAAUGAAGUCUUCGGUGUUGGUUGGGGUGACCCCAGCGCCUUUCACGACAUUUCGCUCGCAAACGAUUUUACCUCCUUUUCUGAUCCUUUUGCAGAAAUUCAACUCGAUUAUGGCCUGUUUCCAGAGAGCAUAAGUGAAAUGUCCGGUGCAGAAUUUAGCACCCCAUUUGAUACCCCGAAUUACACACCCCGCGGUUCUUUCUCAGGAAUCUUUUCUGAACCUAACACUCCCGAUAAUUCCACCGAGUCGGAUGAUGAUGAUGAUGAUUUUAAUCAAUUGGCGGAAUCGGCGCCUUAUUUCGAGAGAAAAGACCCUGCCUUGAAACAUAUCGUCGACACUGCAGGACAAGGUGGCUGGGCCGAUGAUUCGGAUGAGGAACAUGGAUUGUCUUGGAAGCUCUUCUUUUCCAAGGGCGAGGUUAAUGGUGGAAAAAGCGAGGAAGAUAGUGAAACCGACGAAGGAGAAACCACCGAUGAAGAGGAAGACCUCCCAAUGCCUACGCCCCGAAGCAAAUCGAUGCUUCGUCGUGCGUCGGUCUCAUCUGUUGGCUCAUCUCGCCCUCAAGUUGUACACAUUGACAAUACCUCUGGCGGCCCUACAGUCGCCAGUUGGGUUGCCGAUCCCAAUCGUACAAUCUGUGUGAUUGAUGGAUCAAAGAAAACCUUUCUCCUUCCAGGUGCCUCCAGGGGUUACGAAUUUAAUACUGGUGGAACCGGUGUCUCUCAACUGAUGCUCGAAGAGAGUGAGAGUGAGAAGUCUACCGACCCAAUGGGCUAUAAUCCCACUCUAAGCGGCUUGAUUGGGGACGAUGGGCUAUUCUUAGAUGGAAACGACAUUCUGGGACCUGCAGAAGCGCUUUACGACAACUUGGACAUUGACGGCAUCUUCGACUUGGGGGACUUGGACGGGGAUAUUAUCACCAACGACGAUGAUAUCGAUGAGUUCGAGCAAGAUCUGCAAAUUACAGACUUUUUGGAUUUCUCGACCGAUGAUGCCGACGGCGAAACACAUGAUGAUAACUCUGAUGGCGAUGAUGGCGCCUAUAAUGAAGAUGGAGACGAUGAAUGCAUCGGUGCUGUUGAGAAUUCUGAAGAUAUGCUUGCACGAUGGGACCAGGUCGCAGUUACUUCUUUUCGCAAACGGCAAAUGCAGCAUGCCCAAGGAAAUAUUCUCUCAAACAACCCAGCAACAUCUCACAAAAUUGGUGAUCGCAGAUUAUCACAGACAAUUACACCAGCUAGAAAGAAAAAGGUUAGAUCGAGGUUCAUGAUCAACAGCAAAGGCUCGGGGUCUAGUAAUGGUAUCAAGAAGGCGGUCAGUAACAAAAAAGGUGGAGCCAAUGUUGGUGUAGGGAAUCAAUGGGGUUUGAUCGAUAUUUGA